AUGCCUCCAACAUCCUCGUCCUCUUCUGACCCCUCCUCCGCCAGGGGCCGUACAUCGGCCUCCGCGCGAACUGAUCUUUCCGCCUCUUCAACUCGUAGCUCAACUUCGACCACAAGCAGGCUGUCUACGUCUUCCUCGAAUACGGCGCGCUCGUCGUCUUCAGUGUCGACGGCAUCUAGCUCUCGCACCUCUGACUCGACCGCGUUCACCACAUCCACCACGUCAACCGCGUCAUCAUCCGAAAGCCAUACGGCGCCGAGUAGCUCGCAUACGUCCUCGCAUACGUCUUUCAUGUCGACCACGGCUAGCAGUUAUCGCACUGUAGCCACUUCGUCCUCAUUAGGCACGACUAGUGACAGCCGUUCGCCCGACGCGUCGCCAUCUUCAACACGUUCGAACAAUGACACCUCUCCCAGAACCGCAUCCAGUUCUCGCUCGUUUUCCGUGUCUCUAUCUGGCUCAGAUCCGAGCAGCUCAGAUCCUGCCUCCCAUGCUUCAACGACUUCUUCCCCUCUCACAUCCUCUACCGAUCCUACCUUUUCUUUCACCACCACCCACCCCAUUCUCCAGCCGUCUUCUCCUUCAAUCACUUCUGUUUCUGCAUUCACUGUACAUUCUUCAGAUUCUAGCACGUCUUGGACUACUUAUUCUUCUCCAACCUCAACCUCGCACUCGACUUCGGACCAGAUGACUUGGAGCACUAUCGUUGAGACGAUUGUGUUGACUUCGACCUACACUGGCCAAGACUGGACUAGUGUCACACAGUGGACGUCUGUAGUGGUUACUGGCACGCUAAUCCCGGAGCAAAGUGGUGAUCCUCACAAUGACGCGCUUGCUCACUCGCCUGGUGCUCUUGCUGGUGUUAUUCUCGGGUCCAUGGCUUUCGUGUCUAUGCUUGCUCUCAUGCUGGUCCUUGCUUACCGCCGCCAUCGCCUUCAUCGCACGGAGGCUGAGGCUGCUGCUCUCAACGGCACUCGCGGCCGCCGCCCAAGCAUGAUCCUUGCAGAUGACGACUAUGAUGACUCCCCGGGCGUAAACAGUAUGUCGCCCUUUAGCCCACACGGUCCGGGCGGUAUGAUGCAGUUUGGGCCGCCGGUGGCCUUGCUUGCAGGUAUGGGCGCUGGUCCAGCCGCAUACAAUCGUUUGCGCGGUGGCGAAUCUGGUGCCGAGAUGAAUCUUGAUCCCUCUGGCCAUGAAAUGCUGGAUGGAUCUGGUAUGAUCGCCCGCCGUCUUACCACUAGUGAGCUCGCUGACUUGGCGCUCGGACCUACUUCUAUGGCCGACGUCGUCCUGACCCGGGACUCUGGCUCUGGCUCCGGAUCCGGCUCAGGCUUGGCUUAUGCGCGCGCGAGCGCGGGUUCUAGUUCGAUGGGUCUCAUUUCAGGGUAUGGGGGUUCCAACGAAGCAGAGGGGAGUGCGGAUGAGAUGGGUAUGGGCAUCGGGUCGAGGGCGGAUAGCGGAGAAGGUGAUAUGAAUGCGCCACUUAUUCAAUACACAAACUCUCCCGAUGCCAGCACGGACUUACACACGCUGUACGGAGCCGUCGACCCGACACCCUUAGCUCGUGUCGCGCGCCCGCCGCGCUCACCCACGCGCUCGCGUACGUCAUCAUCUGGGCCGGAGCCAGCUGCGUGGCUAAGUGGCCGAGAUACAGAAUACGGGACUAUUCCGGUCAUGAGCAGCAGUGUGCUCGCGUCGAUGCCGGCACUGUCGAAUUCGCACUACAGCGGGGUAGGGAUCGCUUCGCCUACCAGGAUGAGCGCUGCGCUGGUCAACAACAGCGAUCCCGGGGACCCUUUCCGCGACCCUCCGUCGUUCUAUUCGUUUGAUGAGGCUAUGCAAGGACCUCAGAUGGGCGGUUCAGGUUCGGAUGAGAUAAUACAUGCGCCAGGGGGGGGUGUGACUGGCUACUCGAGCAGCUCAUCGCAUGGACAUGGAGUCACUGGACUAGGGGUGGCUGGGAUCUCGAGUGGUUCUUCGCAUGGAGAUGGCGGACAUGAGCCUGGUUCUUCUAGCGGCCAUGGACAGGAUGGGGUCUCAUCAAGUGGCCACGGGCUUUACGGUGAAGGACGUCGAUCGCCCGGUCCUUCCAGUUUACUUCCGACUCAGACCGCUGUUCCUCCUGUGCUGCGCCCCCGUGGAGGGGACGAAGGAGAUGAUGGUGUGGAUGACAGUUCGGACAUUGAUAGCAGAGGGCGGAGCAAGCGCCGCAGACAGAGCUUCUUCGGGCUUGGAAAGCCGCUGCCGUGGAAGAGGGAGAGCACGUCUUCGUCCGCGUCUGACGCGAUGAGUGCUGGUAUGCGCAGCUCGUACGCGCGCACGAGCGACUCGACGCAGAUGAGCACCCACCAAGUGAGCCCUGUUGCAUCGUUCUACGGCCCGGCGCGCUUCGCGAUGGCAAACUCCAACAAGGCUGUCGCGACCGCGUCAACAAUGGCGGAUACAUUGCGCUUUGCGCAGGGGCAGGGCCCACCUGGGAUGGCGGCGAACGCAUACACCAUCCAUGGACGUCCGCCAUCGAUGAUUCGCCCCCACUCACCGACAAUGCCCCCCGGUUCGUUGACCUCGCCGGCAUUCCCAUUCCUCUCGCAGGUCUACGCUCCACACGCAAUGAAUGGUUUGCCGACGGUCAUGUUGUCGGAUGCGGCGUCAUCGUCUGAGGCCCAGCAUCGUCUGAACGCGAGUGUGCCGGGGUGGCAAGGGCUUCGCGGGAUGUUCGGCACGCCGGACAUGCCUUCGCCUGCACCGACGGAGGUGUCAAGCCAUAACGCGCCUGAGGGCUUGCUUGAUCCACGUCUGGGUCAGCUGGGUGUCGUGGGGAUGCAGAGUCAGGGAGCGCUCAGCUUCCGGGACGAUGUGGACUAUUCAAGGCCGAUCGGCGCGCUGGUACAUAAUCGCCAGUAUAGCCAGACAACGUUCCGGACGGGUGACACGCGCUCGGUUGAUGUGCCGGGUGACGAUGACGAUGACGACGUCUCUGUGUUCCAGGAAGCGAUUUCGUGA